GAGCGCGGCGGAGGUGGUGCCUCGGUCUGCGCCGGAGGCCGUCAGAGGCGGCGUCGGGCCGGGAUUGGCCCUGGCAGCGGCGGCUGGAGCGGGCCUGGCUUGGCGCAGCGCACCAGCCCCUCCCGCCGGCCGCGGCUCCUGCUGCUGCGCCGCGCCGCGCCGCGCUCUCCUCCUCCUUCUCGCCGGGCUUUGUGCGGCGGCGGCACCCACCAGCAUGUAAAGGGGCCGCCCCCCGAGGCGCCGCCGCCCCUCCUCCUUCCUCCUCCUCCUCCGUCGCGCGGCAAAGAUGCUUAGCCGGCUGAUGAGCGGCAGCAGCAGGAGCCUGGAGCGCGACUACAGUUGCACCGUCCGCCUCCUGGACGACAGCGAGUACUCCUGCACCUUCCAGAGAGAUGCGAAAGGGCAGUACCUUUUCGACCUCCUUUGCCAUCACUUGAACCUGCUGGAGAAAGACUACUUUGGGAUCCGCUACGUAGACCCCGACAAGCAGCGGCACUGGUUGGAAUUCUCAAAGUCUGUUGUGAAACAAAUGCGAUCACAACCUCCGUUCACCAUGUGCUUCCGGGUGAAGUUCUACCCCACUGACCCCGCUGCUCUGAAAGAGGAAAUCACCAGGUAUCUCGUCUUCUUGCAGAUCAAAAGAGAUCUCUAUCAUGGCCGCCUCCUGUGCAAGACGUCAGAUGCUGCUCUGUUAGCUGGUUAUAUCCUUCAAGCGGAGAUUGGUGACUAUGACCCUGGAAAGCACCCUGAGGGUUACAGCUCCAAGUUCCAGUUUUUCCCGAAGCAUUCAGAAAAGCUGGAAAGGAAAAUUGCAGAGAUCCACAAGAUUGAGCUCAGUGGUCAGACACCAGCUACUUCGGAAUUAAACUUUUUACGAAAAGCCCAGACCUUGGAGACCUAUGGAGUUGACCCACAUCCAUGUAAGGACGUCUCUGGCAACGCUGCCUUUUUGGCCUUCACCCCCUUUGGGUUUGUUGUGCUGCAGGGAAACAAGCAAGUCCACUUCAUCAAAUGGAAUGAAGUGGCAAAAAUGAAAUUUGAAGGCAAGACAUUCUAUUUAUAUGAAAAGAAAAUUGUUCUGACUUACUUUGCUCCAACUCCUGAAGCCUGCAAGCACCUCUGGAAAUGCGGGAUUGAAAAUCAAGCCUUUUAUAAGUUGGAGAAGUCAAGUCAAGUUCGCACAGUAUCCAGCAGUAACUUGUUUUUCAAAGGGAGUCGGUUCCGAUACAGUGGCCGAGUUGCAAAAGAAGUGAUGGAGUCUAGUGCCAAGAUCAAGAGGGAGCCUCCGGAAAUACACAGGGCAGGAUUGGUUCCCAGCCGUAGCUGCCCUUCCAUCACUCAUGGGCCACGGCUAAGCAGCGUCCCCAGAACUCGAAGGAGAGCUGUGCACAUCUCUAUCAUGGAAGGUCUUGAGUCCUUGCGGGAUAGCGCCCACUCAACCCCAGUGCGGUCAGCUUCCCACAGCGACGCCUUCCUGCCACAUUCACGGACCUGCAGGGCCGAGAGCAGCGAGCGUGUGGCUGUCAUUUCAGACGAGAUCUACAGUCCUUCAGACAGCAUGCUUCCCACCCCUGUGGCUGAGCAGAGUCUUGAGCUGAUGCUGCUUUCCAGGCAGAUCAACGGCGCCCCUUGCAGCAUAGAGGAAGAAAAGGAGUCUGACAGCAGCACACCCACGCUGGCCGAGGCAGAGGAGCGGGGCAGGGGGCUCCGAGCCUUGUGUCAGGGUGUGGGCAGCGGUGGUGGAGCACAAGCAGAACAGGUGAAUAAGUUUGUUUUAAGUGUCCUCCGCUUGCUCCUUGUGACGGUUGGGCUCCUCCUUGUUUUGCUCCUCCUCCUGAUCAUCCUUACUGAGUCUGACCUUGACACUGCCUUUUUCCGUGAUAUUCGCCAGACCCCCGAGUUUGAACAAUUCCAUUAUCAAUACUUUUGUCCCCUCAGGCGAUGGUUUGCCUGCAAAAUCCGCUCCGUGCUCAGCCUACUCAUUGACACCUGAAGGCAGGACUCCUCCUAGUAACUAGCCAGGUGGAUUGCAGAAGAUCCCUGCUACCCGUUCCCAGAAAAAUGGGACACAUCGUGGCACCAUCGGCACAUAAAAUAAGUCCUUCUUUCACGAAUCAAAGUAAACAGCGGCCUAGGAGAUUUGUUUCCAAGCGGAAGAAAGGGAUAAGACUCAUGCCAGAUUCAAACAAUACACAUUUCUUUACAGGUCCUCUUUCAAGAAGCUUCUUCAACUGGUUUGCUUUCCAACUUUUAAAUUAUUCUGCACUCUUCAAGUUUGUUUUUAGCUUUCAUAAAGGUGGUCAUGUCAAAACUUUCAAGGAAACAAAGGUUAUUUAUUGCUGUUGCUUAUUGCAUUAAGUGCCAGCCUCCAGCUAGGACAUUAGUUCAAGAAGAUAGCAUUAUUUUAUUGAGGAGCUUUUGCAAUGGUGCUAUUGAGUUGUAACUUUAAUACUGUAUUGUUUUAUUAGAACUGGCACUGUGUACAGCACUACCACCUUAAACAGUCUUGCUAUCUUGCCAAUCAAAUUUCUGGCUUAAUCUGGUGUACUGAAGGGGGGGGGAAUUAAGAUCCUGACACCGUAUGGUUACUCAAACAUUUUCAAUCCUUUGCAAGCAAUAGGUAGUCAUGAGACAAGGAGGCAGCAAAGGAGGUGCAAAUCUGUUUCUUCACCUUAGUACUGAAAGGUGUGACUAGGAGAACUUGUCUGUUGUGAAUUUCAACCUUUAGGAUCCCAGAAAUGCAGUUUUUCCCUUAGAACAGUUAAAUCCCCAUAUAAAGCAAGAGUUAGUGCAUGGGGAAAAUAAAUGUAUGUGUCUGGUUAUGUUUGACCAAGUCUUGUUGUAUAAGUAGUAGUGAUCAUAUCUGGUUUCUUUGAAGGACAUUUUGCCUCAGAAAGCUGUACUUGUUUUUAUACUACAAAAGAACAAACUUGUUUCAACCUAUAUAUUUUAAGAACAAAAUGCUAUUUUGUUAAUGAGCAAACCAACUCUUUUUUACUUUAUGAAUUAGGUGACUAUAGUGUGGUAUACAAAAUGAUUGGGGGUAAACAAAAGGUUAAGUGUAUGUUUUUAGAAUGGUAUUUGAACAUCAAUCAGACUAACCAUUCAUAAUUUCUGGAGGAAGGAAACAUGGGUUUACCUUGUGCCAUUUCAAAUGAUAAAGAGAAGGGAGAUUAGGAAAGUGGAAGAGGCUGCACUGAAAUGAAAACCUGUAAAAGUAUCCGGCCAACAUGUUUCCAUCCUGAAGAGAAUUCAGAAAAAUUUUCUACUUUUGUCUUGUGAUGUGGAUAGUAUAAUCUAAGAGUCUGACUAAUAGCAGCUCAUUUGUAAAGGGAGCAAUAAGAAUGUGAGUAUUCUUCAAUACGAGCAGAACAAGAGAAUGAAAUCAGACUGGCAAGUGUUUUAUUUCAUCUCAGGGAGAGAUUUCAAGUCAUUUGGGAAUCUAAAUCAGAAAUAUUUCAAGAGGCUGGUUUCAUUAUCUUGUCUCUGACAAGGCUACUGCAGUUUCAGCAUGCAGGCAAGCCCUUCGAGUUCAUGCAGAACUGAAGCACUGCCAGGACUUGUCCAAAGGGAGGGUAUUGGAUGUGUGAUCUCAAGCGCUGAGUUCCUUUCCAAGUUCAGUUACACUGCCCACAGCUGGUCAUCCGUCAUUUGGAAAAAGAGCACAAUAAUAGUAUUAGCAAUACACUAAAUAUAGGCAAAGACUAGCAUAGACUCAGACUGGGGUGCGUGUGUGCACGAUACAUUGGAAAAGAUACCCUGUCAUUUGAACACAUCACGGAAGUGCUGCAAGUAUCUCAACGUUAACACUGACCAUUAACUGCAACUGCCAGAUUAGAAGUCCUAAGAGCCAAGAGAGAUUUUGGCUUUCACUUUUGCUUAUGCAGACACAUCAAAUUUUUGACUGCCUGCCAGAAGACAUAAGGGACAGAUUUAACAAGGAUUCACGCCGUUUUAUGCAACACAGCAACAAAACUUAACUUCUAGUGUAGUGUUCCUACCUCAGUCUGUAGUAAAUGAUGCUUCUAUGCAGUGAGUGAAAAGUCUUAAUUUAACAUUCUUCAUCCCAGCUAAAGAUGCAGUAUUUCAUGUUUUAAUUGUUGGUAAUGUUCAUCAUGCCAUACCCUUGUCCAAUUAUUUUUCACUAUUUUGUACAAUAAACAUCUUCAUUUUCAAAAUAGGCAAUGAAUACUGAUGAUGGCAAAUCCUUUACACAGUUACUUUUUAAAUUUUUGGCCACAAUCUAGAGUUAAGGUCUCCUGUGCACACCCAUUCACUUCUAUGGGGCUUAUACAGCAGAACCUCUUCCUGAUGGAUUGUGUCCCAUUUUUGCCAAACAUUUUAUCCUGAAAAUUUUCCAGCUGACAACUGAGAAAGUAGUUUUCCUGUUUUGCCCCGUAUGUUGUUUUAUGUUUCACUUACAAAGUUGUUCCUGGUCUUAAUUGUACAAACUGUGAUAAUUUCCAUAGGUUGCUCUAUCAGAGGAAACAAACUCUUAAUAAGGACUAGUGUUCUGCAUCUUUAGGCAGUAGAAAGUAAAUGACCUGAAUAUGUGAAUUUUAGUUUUCACAACAAUAUAGACGUUAAUCUUUCAUGUGCCAAAUGCUGUAUGUUACAUUUUCCCUUCAGAAUAAUGUACCUUUUUCUACAUAUUCAACAUGUAGUUAGCAUAAAUCAUUGGUGCCACAUAGAAGUAUUUUUAAAUUUAAAUAAAUAUUUAAUUAUGAUGAAAACUGUUGAGUAAAGUGAUGCUUUUGAC